GCAGCCGCUCCAGUCCCACUGAGCGGAGACAUGUCGCGGCUGCUCUGCUGGGGAGACAGCGCCAGCGGACAGUUCGGUCCCCGGGACGCCCUGAGUCCGGCUUCGUGGACGGUGCCCGGGGUCAUUACCCAGAUCUGCUGCGGGGACCAGUGCACUUUAUUCCUCACCGGGAACGGAGGCGUUUUGUCCUGUGGACACAACUCGCGGGGACAACUUGGACGAAAGACGGCGAAUAAGGAUGGAAAGACGCCAGGUCGGGUGGAGGGGCUGGGCAAAGUGGUCUUCAUAGCCUGCGGUCAGGACCACUGCCUGGCUGUGUGUGCAUCUGGACAGGUGUUCUCCUGGGGGGCCGGAGACGGCGGAAAGCGAGGCGUUUCACCAAAUCUUCUCUGCAACAAACUGAGUCGGGUGACGAUGCCUCUGCCGAUACCGGUGAUUCAAGUUGCUUGUGGGAGCUCCCACUCCCUGGCGCUAACUAAAGGAGGCGACGUCUUCUCUUGGGGCUUGAACAGUCACGGUCAGCUGGGCCUGGGGAAGGAGGUUCCGCUGCAGCUCGUACCAGACCUGGUCUGCGCUCUGGUCGGCGUGGCGGUCACCCAGAUUUCGGCCGGAGCGUCCCACACUCUGUUCCUCACGCUCCCAGGCCUGGUGUACUGCUGUGGGGCCAAUCAAUCUGGCCAGCUGGGGCUCAACAGGGUGGAUGAGAAGGGCAGGUUCAACAUCUGUAUGGUACCUGCCCUGAGGCCUCUGGGUGUCUCCUUCAUAAGCUGUGGAGAGGCGCACUCCGCUGUGUUAACACAGGAGGGCGAGGUUUUCACUUUUGGAGAGGGAAGCUGCGGUCAGCUCGGUCACGACUCCUCUGCUGAUGAAGUGACUCCCCGGCUGGUCGACCGUCUCGACGGAUCCGCCUCUCAGAUUUCAUGUGGCAGACGUCACACUCUGGUUUUGGGCACCUCUGGCCAGCUGUGGGCUUUUGGCAAUGGAUCCAAAGGUCAAAUGGGGACUGGAAGGCCAGAGGACAGUCUAACCCCCACUCUGGUACAAUUGCCAUGGACCACUGACAGCGCAGCCGCCGUACCCACAGACUUGCAAAUAUCAGCUGGGUGGAACACAAACUUCACUUUCACUUUGCCGACACAGAGCGUGGACCGGGGACAGAUAACCGGGCGUCUUGAUGAAGCAAAACUGCAAAAAUGGCUGUUGAUGAGACAUGGCAACGCAGAGGCAAAGAGAGAAAUAUCUUCAAUGUUUCUGACGAGUUCCAGUCUGGUUGCAAGUUUCACAAAGUCUGCCGGGCCUCCGUCCGCGGCAGACGUCUUAUCUGUGGACCUCGACGCAGCCGCCAGAGCGUUCGACCUGCUGCUGGCAACACCAUGGAUCAAACAACACGUCCAGUUUAAUUACCUGCUUGAGUUGCUUUUUGCAUCAAGAACUGCCCUAAAAUCCCCGGAGAUCCUCUUGGUUCUGCUGACGUGUCGCCUUUUCCAAGAGGACUCCAGUGUGAUGACUGUCGUGUUGCCGCUGGCGAUCAUCAUCGCAGAUCUGCAAGAGAAGACUCUGGAAAUACUGAGACGCAAGUGGUCUUCCCUGAAACCCGCCACACUAAUGAGACACAUUGUGGUGUUCAGAAAGGCCCUCGCCUUCAUGCUGAGAAAUGGACUCCUGGCGACUCACAACCCCGGAGUCAAAUACCUGCUGGAAGUCCUCAAGCUGCUCUACAAAGCAAACAAAACUGGAAAGUCUUACAAAGUCCCACUGAGCACCUUUUAUGUGGAUGAAAUCUGUACAAAUGUCAACGCAUUCCAGGAUGUCCCUCUUUGGACUCAGUUUAAGACCGAGGAGGACGAUGACGACAACAGACCCGCCAUUUUCUGCCGCUACCCGUUCCUGCUCCCCCUGGUUUACAAGGCGGCGGCCUUUAACAUCUUUGCAAGCAUUGUGAAGGAAGCAGAACGUAUCGCUUAUCGCAUGGCCUCGGGCUGUCCUGAGACGUUGCCGUUGGCUGUGUCAGAAUCGGCGGCCCCGGUCUUCCAGCUCACCCUGAGACGAACUCACCUGGUCGAGGACACCUUCAGGCAGCUCGCGGCCGCCGACCACUGCGCUUUCAAAAGGGAGCUCUUGGUGUUAUUUGCUGACGACCGGAAGUUGAUGAACGUCAACAAACGAGACUUCUUCCUGCACGUGUUUGAGGAUCUGACGGCUCCUGAGUCUGACAUGAUCAUGUACAAUGAGAGCAACACUCUGGCUUGGUUUCCUCCCAAGCCAAAGGUUGAGGAGAAGACUUACUUCCUGUUUGGCGUUCUGUGUGGACUGGCUCUCUACAACCACAACAUCAUCCACAUGCCAUUCCCGCUGGUCCUCUUCAAGAAGCUGCUCAAAGUCAAACCCUCACUGGACGACAUGAAGGAGUUUGAACCUGUCAUGGCAGAGUCUUGGAGGUGCAUGUUGGACUACACCCCCGAUGAAGUCGAAGCGAUGGAGCUUCCUUUCGCUAUGCCCUGGGGGGGUGAAGACGUUGAGCUUGAUCCAACGGAACCUGGAAAACUUGUCACGGGGACAAACAAGAGAGAGUUCGUAGACGCCUGCAUCAACUAUGCCUUCAACAAAUCCGUGGAGGGAGUGUUUGAAGCGUUUAAGAAGGGCUUCUUCAAGGUGUGUGACAUCGAUGUGGUGGAGUUCUUUCAGCCCGAGGAGUUGCAAUCAGUGACGGUGGGCCAAGAAAACUACGACUGGGAGGUGUUAAAGCAGAACACUGUUUAUGAAGGAGAAUACCACGACCUCCAUCCAACCAUCGUGACCUUCUGGGAGGUGUUUGAGGACCUGACAGCAGAGGAAAAGAAAAAGUUCCUUUUGUUCGUCACAGGAUGCGACCGGGUCCCCUUCCUGGGAAUGGAGAGCAUCAAGAUGCGAGUCGCUGUCCUCCCCAACUCCUCCGAGAUCCACCUGCCAGAAUCCCUCACCUGCCACUGCCUGCUCUUACUGCCCAUGUACCAGAGGUACCCGGUGGAGAGGACGAUGAAGACCCGGCUUCUCAGGGCUAUUAAUCACAACAGAGGCUUCUGGAAGAACGUAGAUACUACAGAAUGAAGUCCCUCAGCUUUCAAUAUAUAUAUAUAUAUAGUCAUAUAUUUUAACAAUUAUAGAGAAAAGAGACAGGGUUUGUGUGAUGAAGGAAAACACAAAAUGAAUAACCUAUUGAACCCACAAUAUACUUUUCUUCAAUACUGGCUUGAAAGUUAUUUUAUUUAUUCAUUUCUAACCACAUGUCAUUGUCAAUGUAAUAGAGUGGACUGAAAGCUUAGAACUGACAGUGAGGAAUUGUUUACUUUUUCCACGAUAUUUAAAAAAAAACUGUUGCAAUGAGAUGCUGCAAAUUCAGGAUUUCUAUUUAAAUGAGCACUCAAUCAAUCAAAAUAAUUGGAAAAAUGUUUUAUUGGCAAUUGUGUAUGAAAAUCGUCAAUGAUUAUUACAUUUGGGUGAAAAUGUAAAUUCUUGAAUUUUGAAAAGCUUCCAGACUUAAUUUAAAUAAAUGUGAUUCCACCCUGGUUUGAUCUGA